AGUCUGUCUGUGUGCUCGGUGGGACGGGGACGUAUGGCGGUGGUGCUCCCCGCAGGUCCGACCCCGUGCGGCGAGUGACGUGCCAAGGGGCGGCGUCACCAUGUGCCCGCCCCCCUCGGCCUCUCUGUUAAUGCGUACGCUACUGAACUUAUAGAUGACGAGAUCUCUUGGUGCACUGCUUGCCACUAAAAUGCUGGAAGUGAAGGCCACUACUACAGUCCGGAUGUAGCCGAGUGUGCAACAGAGACCUGAGCACGACCCGUGAAUCAAUUCCUUACAAUGACUUAUGACCUCCGUUCUCUGUCUCUCCAGUAGACGAUCUGCAUCACUGUUUCGUCGCAUUUUCUAAGACUUCGCCGCCGACGUGUGGUGCACAGCUGAGCCCAAUGCCCAAAUAAACAUGAGAGAGUUUGACAAGUAACACGACAUUUGAGUGAGUCCCGGGAAAGCGAGUCAGCAGGCACCUUCAGCAGCCAAGAGCCGAGGGUUGGGCAAGAUGCAGAUAGCUGAGGUGCUUCUGCUGGCGGCUGUGUUAUCCUGCCGCCGGCUGGCGUCCCACGGCUGGCAGCAGGAGGCAGCCCUGGACGACCGUGGCGACGUGCGGAUGUACUGGACGGUAGACGUCAAGAAGAACGUGCUCUUGCUGGAGAUCCAGGGGCGGACGUUGGGCUACGUGGCGAUGGGCAUCUCCUUGACGGGCACCAUGAAGGGCGCUGACCUGCUCAUUGGCUACGUUGACUACAUGGGGAAGCCACACGUGCUGGAUUACUGGGCUGACAAGAACGGGCCUCCGAUCCUGGACAAUUCCCAAGACUGGAAGCUACUGACGGGGCGCCAGAACGACACCCACACCAUGGUCCGCGUGCGCCGCCCCAUCACGCCCAACACCAUAGAUGACAUCAACGUAGUGGAUGAACCCACGUGGAUACUAUGGGCCUGGCAUCCGCACGACCCCGGCGAAGACCUGCAGAAGGCUUACCACAAAGGCAACCGAGGGAAGCGCAAGCUGUGUCUCUUAAGAACCAAAUGCUGGCCGCCUCCUCCUGUCAACGCCGUCGUUUCCACCACCACCACCACCACCUCCGCCACCCACUUUCACCUCCUCCUCCUCCUUCCCGCGCUUCUGCCUCGUUUCUUAUGAGCUCAGCCACGCCGCUACUGCCGUAUCUAGGAAUUCAUCUUUUUUCUAUAUUUUUUUUUCUUUUUUUCUGCUCUUGGGAUGCAUUCAUUGUACCUUGGGACCUUAGAAUGAAGAACACGGGCCACGCGCAGCGGUGAAGUGCUCAAGCCAGAAGGACGCAUCGAAAAAGACGUCUGGAGCUGAAAGUUGUAAUGGGGAGAUCUUACGUGAAAACUGUGUGUUUAUGAGAGAGAGAGAGAGAGAGAGAGAGAGAGAGAGAGAGAGAGAGAGAGAGAGAGAGAGAGACGGACAGAGGACGAAGACAGACACACGAGAAGGCAAAAACAAAAAAUAGAUAAAAACAAAGACAAACUGACAGACAGAUAGACAGAGCAGGGCAGACAGGCAGACAGAUGCGAGAGAAUGGGCCUUACUGGGCACCACCCGGAGCGGGAAAGGACCCAUCGCUUGUCACAUAUACCUCACACGCCAGCCGCCGCACCCUCCCGCCCGACGACACACGCCGGGGUGAGGCUCGCCGGGUGUGACGUCACCUUCUCAUCACUCACCGCUGCUGCCUCCUUCCUCUGUCGCGCCAGGCAAAGACGUCACACUGAGGGAACCGAGUCUCGCUGCUGCUGAUCUACUACAAGAGGAGACAUGUCCGACCUGAGUGGCGGGGAGUGUUGCGUGACUCAGCCGCCAGGGGCCUUGUUCCAUCGUGCCCUGGGCCUUGCAGGCGCGUGGAUGGAGUGACGUCACACCCGAGUCCUGGCGAGCGUCCGUCGGUCAACGUGAACAGGGAUUACAUCUCGUCUAGAGUGACCUUGAUGCCGCGCGGGGGAGCCUCUCAGGCCUCAAGCAAUCCUUCGCUAUGCACUAUCCCCAAUGUGUUUGGAGAUUGUAAUAACGUCCCGCCUUCCUUCACAACCUCCCAACUUCCUUCACACACACACACACACACACACACACACACACACACACACACACACACACACA